UAACCCUUCAGAAAAACCACAACCGGAGCGCAACAAUGACAAAGGGGAGUAACGUCGCUCGCUGCUAUUCACAAGCAAUACGUCUGGGAGACAUGUCAAAUGGACAUUAACGUAUUAUGAAACCAUCGGAGCCAAUUAGAUCUCGCGCGCACAUGAACAAUAUUACGGAACCGCGACACACACUGAUGUAGAUGCUGCUAGCGUUCGGUGAUGACGGAUACAGGGAGAGCCCGGCUCAGGGCCACUGUGUUCCUCUACACAGCAGUGACAAUCGUCUUGUUUUCCUACACGAAAGCAGCCGUCCGGGUUAACGCUAGAGAUCGACUUGCAAGUUUCCAUGGCAACGUCCCACGUCACAUCCGGUACAAAAGGUCAACAGGAUCUCUAGCUGACAUAUUCGGUCUAACAGAUGGAGAAACUUUCGAGGUUAAGGCAGAAGCAACCACAGCCCAGGGAACCAAACAGUUGAAACUGGUCGAAAAAUACCGAGGUAAAGAUGUGUUUGAUACUGUUGUUACCAUGACAACUGACGGAGAAACUCCUUUAGAUGCGCAUGGUCACUUCGUGCAAGAAAUCCACAAGGAUGUCCAUCGACGAACGCCUUCAUUGAAGAAAGAUGAUCUUUUUGACAUCUUGAUCGGUCACUUCAAAGAUGAAAAGCAUGUCAAUGAUAUUGGGAGCCGCAAAAUACGACGCAACUUUUACGUGGACGACAACAACGUCGCCCACCGCGUCGCCAUGCUGGAGUAUCUAAUUCAGACCAGACAUGUCAAGAAAAGACCCACGGGAAUAAUUAACAUAAAAACAGGGGAGAUAAUCCGUGCAUGGGACAACUUGGCAACCUGUCGAUCAUACAUGAGGGGUCGAGUGUUUGGUGGAAAUCGAAAAAUUGGUAAAAUCAAGUAUGGUAUCUCUCCGACCUGUCUUGAUCUGAAACAGAGACGCGGAACGUGCUACCUCGAAAAUAAACACGUGAAAGUUGUGGACAUGUACAACACUGAACUGGACUACCUCACGCAGACUGCUAAAUUCUAUUGCUUCAGGCGUUACGGCGACCGUAUAAAUGGCGCCUACUCCCCUGCACUCGACGCCCUCUACCACGGAACCAUCGUUGGUAAAAUGUUUGAAGAAUGGUUCGAUUCCAAGCCACUGAAUAAAAAAAUGAUUCUCAGAGUCCAUUAUUCCCAUCUGUUCACCAAUGCCUUCUGGAACGGCCACAACUGUUCAUUUGGGGACGGGGUGCCUGGUGUUUCCUAUCCAUUUACCUCUCUGGACAUAAUAGGACAUGAGAUAGCGCACGGAAUUACAGAACAGAAUUCCCAGCUGAUGUAUGUGGGGGAAGCAGGGGCCAUCAACGAAGCUUUUUCGGACAUAACUGGCGAAAUGGCUGAACUGUACGCCGACACGAUCGACUGGAGGGUCGGGUAUGCCAUACAGGUGGAUGGAUCAAUGCGUUAUUUUGAUAACAGAUCCUUAUCUCAUGUCAGCGAAUACCGGGACGACAUGAACACCCAUGACACCAGUGGAAUAUUCAAUCACGUAUUUUACCUCCUCGCUCAUGAAUAUGGAUUACUCCCUGCCGACGUUUACCGAGUGUUUCUGCACGCAAACCGGUUGUACUGGCACCCCAUGACGACCUUUCAAACCGGUGCGUGUGACGUCAUGCUUUCUGCUUACGACUUGGGUCAACCCGGAGAACCGUUUGCACGUGCAUUUAAGAAAGUAGGAAUCGAGCCUUGUGACCCUGAGCAUCACGUGCACUACUUACGUCACAACAUGACCAUGUUCAAUAUCACCGUGUCAAAUACGACAAUGCCGGUUUUUGGCCUUGAAAUCCCGUCUUGGGGAGAAUCCGUGCAUAUCAAUGCGUCUAGUCUUCAAUCGGACAUUUACAUACGAAUUUAUCAGCACAGAUGGACAGAGAUUACCGAAACUACCCCGACUAUUGCAGAGGGAUAUGACAUCGUUCAAUACAAACUACCUCGUCGCUAUCAUAUCCACAAGUGUUUAAUUCAACUGUCAACAAAGAGUCCCAAGCCCAUCAAGGACGUUCAAAUAAGGGGAGGUUACUCAUGUGUGAGUUACUAUCGUACCCGCAACCGCCAGAAUAAUGCAUAUUACAUGUGGGACUGUCAUGGAAUUGAUGUUGGACCUGUUUGAACAAUGCUUAGAACGUCUCGUCUAUAGAAUUCGUAAAACAGGACGUCACUAAAUGCAGCGUACGAGAGCAAGGACGAUGUGAUCGGCAGAUUAUUCCCAUGAUGAAAUGGUGAACAACCAAACCAAUUAACUCAAUCCAAGAGAAACUGUCUGACACAUUGCAGGAUUAAACAACGAUUUACUGUACGAAUUAUUGUACAUUCUAAUAUGUCGACAAUACGCCGGCGAUAAAGUACACUUUUGCAUGACUACACUACACUGUAUUGACGUCACUUAUAUACGCCAUUCUCGUCUGCCCCCUCGUUUUUAUACGUACCCUUGGUAACCGACGUCACGAUGCAUGUCAGCUGUCAUCGCCUCGUACAGCCUCCUACAGUAAACUACUCCGUAGCACCCCGUUUCUGGUUUGCUGUUAACAUCACAGGUGGAGAUAAAAUGACUCAGCUCGACUCACAAUUGAUCAGCGACACGGCAACGUUCGCAACGUUUACAGUCCCACAAUGCAUCCCUGGAAUGUCGCGUGACUAGUCACCUUCAUUUGGAUUUAGGGUUCUAAACUUACGUUGGUAGUAGAAAUGCGACGUUCAUAUUGCCCCACAUGGUUUAAGUUAAUCACAGAUGCA